UAUUCCUCUAUCAUUCUAGUCUCCCCUACCUCUUCGUAUUCAUUUGUUACGGAGGGGACGAGGCGGCCAUUGCAGAGGGGACGAGGUCGGCGGCUAUUGCCGGUCGCCGGCGAUCGGUGGCGGCUAUUGCCGGUCGCCGGCGAUCACAGACAUAGGUUGGCGAGGAGUGGAGGGGCUAGGUGGGCAUCUCAAUCUGGCCAAGACAGUGGCAACAGCGGUGGAAGAUGGUGGCGAGAUUGCGACAGCAUGGUGACACUGCACCUGUGUAUGAUGAUGGUAAAGAGGAGUUCUCGGUUGAGGUUCACCAUCGGGGGUUCUUUGUUGGGCAUGGCUAUCUCAGAUCAUAUGUGAGUGGGAAAGUCAGUUGGUUUGAUCAUGUGGAGACAGAUACUUGGUCUCCGCUGUGGCUGGAUCAGUUUGUUGAGGACCUAGGGUACUUAAGGACUGGAAACUUGAAGAUAUAUUGGUUGUUACCAGGGAAGGAGAUUUCUAGUUCUCAAAUGCUUCCACAUCUUAGUAGCACUCAGUUGAGCCAAAUGAUGCAAGAGGAGCCUCAGCCUAGCUUUCUCUCACAACAACGAGGGCCAUUGCCAGAUCCUGACUUCAUCAUGACCAACAGACCCAUUGCAAGGUCUUCUCCACUUACAACAGGCACCAAGCAAGGCAAAGCUGCCGCUACAAAGAAGAGAAAGGUGGCAAAGAACACUGAAGUUGCAGCAAGCAAGAAGAACACUGCAGCAAAGAACACUGGAGCUACAUCUAGCAAGAAAAAGACGGCAGCAAAGAGUGGGACUACUUGAUCAAGACUGAGAGAUAGCUGUUUACUUUUGUGAAUGAUAGAUAGCUGUUUACUUUUGUGCAAGGCAGAGGAGGAUGGUCUGUCUUGUCCUAAUAUUUAUGUAAGGUGGUGGGCACUAGUUUAAGGUCACGCUACCAGCAUCAAACAAUGUGUUAAGUUAUGUAGUGCUUAUCUUGGUUUAAGAGCAUUACUCAUCUGUCAUAUCCAAUGCAAAAUGCAUUUCAUGCUUGUGACUAGUCAA